AUGAGUUCAUCAUGCGCCACAUCAAGUACGUCAGCAAUCAACGAGUCGGAUGUGCACUUACCGUACAUGGACUCAAUGCAAGCUAUCAGGAACAUGUCUAUCUCAGCUACUGAUGAUUCUACUAAUCAAAAUGGGACAGUGAAGACAAAUGGGUUCCAUUUCGGAUCUAAUUCUAACAAUUGGGUUCGCCUUAAUGUUGGUGGAAAGAUUUUUCAAACGACAAGAUCAACUUUGUCACGAGAGCCAUGCUCAUUCCUCUACCGUUUGUGUCAGGAUGAGCAGGGUCUCCCAACUGACAAAGAUGACACUGGGGCGUACUUGAUAGACAGAGAUCCCGAUUUUUUUGCUCCAAUCCUUAACUACCUCCGUCAUGGAAAAUUGAUUUUAAAUCCUGGUCUCUCAGAAGAGGGAAUUCUUGCUGAGGCAGAUUUUUACUGCAUCCCGAGCCUCAGUCAGUUAGUGAUGGAACGCAUUCAAGAUCGAGAAAAUCUCAAAGACGCGGCAAACAAAUUUGUCUAUCGCGUGCUCCAAUGCCACGAGGAAGAGCUUGCUUCAGUGGUUUCUGCUAUGACUGAUGGUUGGAAAAUAGUGCAGGUGGUCCCAAUCACUUCCAACUAUUCUACAUACACAGCCGAGCAGCCGCAGGAGUAUUUGUGUAUAGUAGAGAGAGAGUGCCCUGACAACGGCAGCAUGAAUGAAGGACAAGAUCGUGCUAAACUGCUACAACAGAGAGCCAGACAUGUAUGUGACGAAAAUAAGACACACUUUUUUGUGAUUGACAAUGCUGGCCUGCAAUCUUCGGAUCCGAUUGUUUACAAAGGAACAUCAGAGGAAGAAUGCUUGAAGACAUGCACACAAAACAGAGACACAUUCAACCGUCCAAUUCAGUGUAGCUCAUUCACUUAUGACCAUGCUAGUUUGUCAUGCACAAUUCAUUCUGAGAAGUCGUUACCUGUUGGAUCUGCUCAAAUUGAAACUGCUGUUGGAAAAAGAUACUUUGAGAAAACCUGCAUCUCUUAUAGCCUUCCUGAACAAUGCGGACUGUCUCAAUUCAUCCGAGUAGAUCAAAGUGUAUUGGUUGGAUACGCAGUCAACAUGACUCUCACUGACAGCAUCGAAUCUUGUGUUGCUCAGUGUGUUCAAGAAACUGAUUGCAAAUCGGCCAUGUAUUUCUACGAAGAUGGAGAAUGCAUCACAAACAAGGAAUCAGCUUUGACAAAACCAGCUGGCUUUACGAAGGAGGAAAACGACAAAGUUAUAUAUUUCCAAAAUGGGUGUGAUUUAAACGCUGUAAAAAAACCAAUCAUCACCUCUGAAUCUGCUGAAGUUGCAGCUGACGAAACAGUUGAAGAAGAAAUCAAACCAGUUGUGAAUAUCCAAAUCUCAGAAACCACUCCAAAACCAGAUGGCCAACUAGAUAAAGUUGUUGAUGAGGUGGAAAAUGUCGAAAAAGAAACCCCAUCCAACAAGUCAGAAGAAGAUGGAGAACAGAAAGACAUUACUGAGGAAAAAGGAAGUGAACAAAACUCCGAAACCGCUGAAGAUGGAGAAUAUGAAGAGGAUGGAGAUGAUGUGACUGAAGAAACCGCUGUGGAGGAAGUCCCAACCACCUUUUCAACAACUGUGCCAACUACCACCACUGAAGCAAUUGUCGAAGAGACCGAGGCUCCAACACCAAAUCGUAUCAAAAACUUGAUUCAAAAGAAAAUCAAGAAACAUCCAAAGAACUUUGGUUCAAAAACCUACGAAAUUCUGAAGAAGCAGAACACCGUGAAGAAACCAAAGAUCAACUUCCCAGAAAAUGAAGAUAGUUUGGAGCUCACUGAUGACUCGCGGAAAUCGGAAGAGCAACAAGAACCAGAAGAGACUUACUUCUCGGAAUGGUCUGAUUGGACUCCAUGCACCAAGAGCAACGAAAGACAAGUUCGUAGAAGACGGUGCCUGAAUCUUAGAAAAUGCCUUGGAGCUCUUAUGCAAGUCCAAAACUGUCCAGAAGUCAUUCCAACAACUACUCCACAAAACAAUGAAAUGAUUCGAUCAAUUGUCUCCGCAGAUGGAGAUGAGUAUGAUGAGCCGAUUGCUGUGGAUAACAUUUCCGUUGAUCCAGUUCCAUCCAGAACUCUCCCAGUGUUGAAUGAACAACUUUGGGGACCAUGGCAAGGAACUUGUCAGCAAUUCGCCUCUUCCCAACCAUGCAACAACGGUAGCAUGAUUGGAUUUGAAUCUCGUGAAUGCAUUGCUAAGGAUCCAGCACAAUGUGAAGGACCAUUUUUCAGAUACUGUACUCUCACUUGUUAA